AUUUUAAGAAAAGUUUUUAUUCAGCUUCCAUCACUGCCACAAAAUGAGCGUGGUAUAUCACCAGGACAGAAUUCAAAAUCAGCUGCUACUGUACGACAUCUGAGACCUACAGAGUGUUCAAUAUGCGGUAAACCAGCAAACGGAUAUCACUACGACGUUCCAUCUUGUAAUGGAUGCAAGACAUUUUUCCGGAGGCUCUGUAUUUCGGAAAAGAAGUUCUUAUGUAAAGCAACUGGUGAUUGUUAUGACUUGACGAGACCCAACCGUCCUAUGAAGUGCCGCCCUUGCCGUUAUGAGAAGUGCAUCAUGUCAGGAAUGAAUCCGUUGGCAAUGCAGGUUGACGAAAAAGAAGCUACGGCUGGAAACUUCCAGAUACUAACUAAAAGAGCCAAUAUAUCUAGCUGCAAAAAUGAUGAAGAGUAUGAAAGCGAUAAAAUUCAUCAGAUUGUGAAAAAACAAAUCAUUGAACAUAUCACUUCAAAAGAAGCUAUGAUGCAAAAAAUUGUGGGUGCUGUGAAUUUUUUGGAGCUUAAAAUCCACGAAUUUCGCCUGUCGUCUUACAAUCCACACUGGAAAAGUUUGCCGAACUUGGAAGGAUUUUUGAAUAUGGGCACUAUUAUUAGUCUCGCUACUAAAACAAAGCCAAUGCCCGGGUGGCCACUAAAAGCCUCUCCAGUUCCUCCGAAACCUCCAAACUUUUCAAUGGCUAAUGGUCCGCAGUACUCUCCAGAUAAAAAGCAAUGGUUGAUGUACGACUUGAUGUUAUCGAUUGAAUAUGCUAAAGCCUUUGAGUUUUUCAAUAAGCUCGACUUUAAGGACAAGAUGAUUCUGAUGAAAUACGUCGCAUUGGCGCUAAUGAAUCUUCAGAUUUCGUACUAUACCGUUUCUAGAAAAUAUGAUAGCAUUGUUCAUCCAGAUGGGAGUAUGCCUCCUGCUAAAGUAGGAAUGGUGUACACUGAAACUGUGAUGUCCAUAGCACCAUUGAUUCGGUUUGAAAUAGAGAAAACAGAGUUUGCCUUGUUGAAAGCGAUUUGCCUCUGUAAUCCAGCUGUCCCCAACCUUUCCGACCAUGCGCGAGAGAUUCUGUCCAAAGAAAGAGAGCAAUACGCCGACGCUCUGUUUGAUCAUUGCCUCCGAAACCGAAGGGACGGGCCUACUCAGUUUGCCGAGCUGAUUGGAAUGGUCGACCUGCUGGAGCGUCAACAAAGGAUGCAAAAAGACCUACACCUCCUACACGUAGCCCCGUUUGUUGCUAAAAUUCCCGCUGAGCAUAAAAUAUCCUGCCUCCUCAAAUCAAAACGAGAAAAGGAAAGACCAACGACAUGCUCGAUAUGUGGUGGAUCAGCAUCUGGAUUCCAUUAUGAUGUUCCAGCAUGCAAUGGAUGUAAAGCAUAUUUCAGAAGAUAUGUAAUCUCUGAACGAAAUUUCAAAUGCAAGAAUAACGAAGAUUGUUUUGACUUGACAAAACGAGAAAAACCAAUAAAAUGUCGACCCUGUCGUUACAAAAAAUGCUUGGAUGUAGGAAUGAACCCGUUGGCAUUAGAAGUUGAUGAGAAGCAAGCGGAGGCUGAAAACUUUAAGAAAAUUACAAAACGAGUGAAAGUCGAAGAAAUCGAAGAAGAUGAUGAAGAUAACAAAUCAAAACAAUUUGUACUGAAAACAGUUGAAUCAUUUCAAGAGAAAAUGCAGCGACUCUCUGAUAUGCUAACGUAUUUGGAAAUAAAACUGGAUCAGUUUCAAACUUCUGCCUAUAAUCCUCACUGGGGACAAGUCCAGGGUUUGGAGUUCUUGCUUAGAAGCAAUAAUCGAAUCAGAUGGCCCCUUUCAAGUGACCCAGCACUGGCUGCAGAUAAUCAACCUGUUCUCGGGAAAGGACCUCCUCCAUAUUCCACUGACAAAAAACACUGGCUCUAUUUUAACUUGCUCACUACUGUAGAGUAUGUGAAGACCUUCGGAUUCUUUCAUAGACUGAACGCCCGAGAUCAGUAUAUUUUAACAAGAUAUGUCACACUUGCAUGUAUGAAUUUACAUGUUUCAUUUACAUCGGUUGCCAAGAAUGAAGAGCACUACUCAAACUCCGUCAUGUCUAUUGUCCCUCUGAUCAGAUACCAAGUACAGUCAAUUGAAUACGUUCUACUAAAAGCUAUAUGUUUAUGCAAUCCUGCGGUUCCUGAUCUCUCCGAACACGCCCAACGUCUGUUGACCAAGGAGCGUCAGCAAUUCGCGGAAGCUCUUUUCGACCACUGCCUUCGGAAUAGGACAAAUGGACCCAGCCAUUUUUCGGACAUUAUUGGAAUUGUUGAUGUUUUGGAACGCCAACAAAGAAUACAAAAAGAUCUACACUUGUUGCAUGUUGCCCCUCUUGUAGCGAAGGCUCCCAGAGACCGUGUUAUUCAAAUUAUUGAUGAUAUUAUGGAUUCAUAA